GUUAACGUUUGUGCGACACAGUGAUGCCGAAUAGCCUUUAAAAGAGCUCCGUCCGAGUGAACCGUAUCAUGGAACACACCAGAAGGGAUGCCAAGUCCAACCCGGCAGCGACGGCUAAUGUCUUGUCCAGACUGCUUUUCUGGUGGCUAAAUCCUUUGUUCAGCAUUGGAUAUAGACGCAGGCUGGAAGAAGAUGACCUGUACGAAGUGCUACCAGAGGACAAGUCGGAGACGCUGGGACGUGAGCUGCAGAGUUUCUGGGACCACGAGGUUCAGAGGGCACCCAGAGACUUGUGGACACCUAAACUUACCAAAGCAAUCAUUAAGUGCUACUGGAAGUCCUAUUCACUACUGGGAUUACUUAUUUUCAUUGAGGAGGCUAUUGCUUUGAUCCAGCCCAUCUUCUUGGGGGAGAUUAUUGGGUACUUUGAGAAUUACAAACCAGACAACAAGAAUGAGCUUCACAAGGCUCUUGGCUAUGGAGCUGGGUUGUCAAUCAGUGGUAUCGCCCUAGUAUUCUUCCAGCACAUUUACUUCUUUUAUGGUCAGAGAGCAGGAAUGAGGAUAAGGGUGGCACUGUGUCACAUGAUCUACAGGAAGGCUCUGCGUCUCAGCAGUACGGGUAUGGGAAAGACCACCACUGGGCAGAUAGUAAACCUACUUUCCAAUGACGUCCAGAAAUUUGAUGAUGUGACCAUCUUCCUGCACUUCUUGUGGGUGGGGCCUCUCCAGGCAGCGGUGGUCGUGGGAUUGCUGUGGCGAGAGAUUGGACCAUCCUGUUUAGCGGGCAUGGUGGUCCUUAUGAUCCUUAUGCCAAUUCAGUCAAUGUUUGGAGGGCUCUUUUCCAACUUUAGGAGUAAAACUGCUGUUCUCACUGACACCCGAAUCCGCACAAUGAAUGAAGUGGUUUCUGGAAUUCGGAUCAUAAAGAUGUAUGCCUGGGAGAAACCAUUUGCAGCUCUGGUUUCUGAGGUCAGAAGGAAGGAGAUCUCCAAGAUUAUGAUGAGCUCUUAUCUGCGAGGCCUCAACAUGUCAUCCUUCUUCACUUCCAGCAAGAUUAUCAUUUUUGUCACUUUCACACUUUAUGUUCUUCUGGGAAACAUCAUAUCAGCCAAGCGGGUGUUUGUGACGGUGUCUCUGUACAUUACUGUGCAACUCAACGUGACCCUCUUCUUUCCAACUGCCAUCGAGAAGCUGUUCGAGAGCCGUGUCAGCAUUCGCAGGAUUAAGCAAUUCCUUUUGCUAGAUGAGAUCACCAAAAACAAUGUACUGCUUCAGGGAGAUGAGAAGGAUGUGUCUGUUGAGAUCCAGGAUCUGACCUGCUAUUGGAACAAGAAUCUGGAUGCGCCAACCCUCCAGAAUAUCUCUAUGAAUGUGCACUCUCCUCAGCUUGUUGCUGUAAUUGGCCCUGUCGGGGCUGGAAAGUCGUCCCUGUUGAACGCUAUUCUGGGAGAGUUGCACCAAUCAGACGGCAGCGUGAGAGUCAGCGGUCAGCUGACUUAUGCCUCUCAGCAGCCCUGGGUGUAUCCUGGAACCAUCCGCAGCAACAUCCUGUUUGGGAAGGAGCUAAAUGCCCAUAAGUAUGAGAAAGUCCUCAAGGCCUGUGCUCUGAAGAGGGAUCUGGAGCUGCUUUCAGAAGGAGAUCUGACUGUUAUCGGGGACAGAGGAGCAACUCUCAGUGGAGGACAGAAAGCUCGAGUCAAUCUGGCGAGAGCUGUGUAUCAGGAUGCUGACAUCUACCUCCUGGAUGACCCUUUAAGUGCUGUGGAUGCUGAAGUUGGGAGACACUUGUUUCAAAAGUGCAUCUGUGGCCUGUUGAAGAAUAAGCCUCGGAUUGUGGUCACCCACCAGCUCCAUUACCUGAAGGCGGUAGACCAGAUAGUUGUCCUGAAAGAGGGAAGGAUGGUGGCAAAGGGAACCUACACAGAGCUGCAACACUCUGGAGUAGACUUUAUCUCGCUACUGAAGAAAGACGAAGACCAGGAGCAACAGCAGCCACCUCAAGAAAUACUUGCGCGGACCCGAACUCUGUCCCAGAACUCUGUCAUUUCCCAGACAUCUUUGACUGAAUGCAGAGAUGGAGACCUUUUACCGGGAGAAACUGUACAGACGAUGAUGGAGGAGAACCGAGCUGAGGGAACCAUCAGAGCGAGUCUGUACAUCAAAUAUCUGAGAACUGGAGCCCCCGUUGUGAUUCUUCUUGGUGUACUGCUGCUCAACUUUGCAGCUGAGGUAGCAUACAUUAUGCAGGACUGGUGGCUGUCUCACUGGGCUAAUGAGCAAGAGAUGCUGGCCAAGAAUUCCACCAUGAUUCAAGAUGGACCGAAUGGGACACAACAGCUGGACAGAGACUUCUAUCUGGGUGUUUAUGGAGGUGUGUCUGCAGCCAUCAUUGUUUUUGGAUAUCUUAGGAAUUUGAUUCUGUUCAACAUUCUGGUGAGGGCUGCACAGUCCUUGCACAACCGUAUGUUCAACGCUGUACUCCGCACACCAGUGCACUUUUUUGAUGUCAAUCCUAUCGGUAGAGUUUUAAACAGAUUUUCUAAGGACGUUGGCCAACUGGAUUCCAACUUACCCUGGACCAUUGUGGACUUUCUACAGGUGUGUCUUCAGGUUCUUGGGGUGAUCUCUGUUGCAGCAUCUGUGAUUCCCUGGGUUCUCAUCCCUGUGAUCCCCCUUCUCAUAAUCUUCCUUGUCCUCCGUCGCUACUUUUUGAAGACCUCCAGAGAUGUAAAACGCCUGGAAGCUACCACUCGGAGUCCAGUCUUCUCCCACUUGUCUUCAUCUCUUCAGGGCAUGUGGACGAUUCGAGCUUUUGGAGAAGAGGAAAGGUUCCAGAAAAUGUUUGAUGCCCACCAGGAUGUGCACUCAGCGGCCUGGUUUCUCUUCCUGGCUACAUCUCGUUGGCUUGCUCUUCGCCUUGAUGGGCUUUGUGCCAUCUUCGUUAUAGUUGCCACUUUUUGCUGCCUGCUUCUCAGAAAUCAGCUGAAUGCAGGUUCUGUGGGUCUGGCUCUGUCGUAUUCUAUCACCCUAAUGGGCCUGUUCCAGUGGGGGGUACGGCAGAGUGCAGAAAUGGAGAACAUGAUGACCUCAGUGGAGAGAGUGUUGGAAUACGCUGAACUGGAGAGUGAAGCACCCUGGGAAGCCAAGAACCGUCCUCCUCCUGAAUGGCCCAGCAAAGGCCUGGUAACCUUUGACCGGGUGAACUUCUCCUACAGUGCUGAUGGACCAGUGGUCCUGCACAACCUAACAGCAGUCUUCUACCCCAAAGAGAAGGUUGGAAUUGUGGGUAGGACUGGUGCAGGGAAAAGCUCACUGAUCUCGGCCAUCUUCCGCCUGGCAGAACCUCAGGGAAAAAUCUACAUUGAUGGCAUUUUGACCUCUGACAUUGGCCUCCAUGACCUGCGGAAGAACAUGUCCAUCAUACCUCAGGACCCCGUGCUCUUUACCGGCUCCAUGAGGAAGAACCUGGACCCUUUUAAUGAGCACACGGAUGAAGAACUGUGGAAUGCGCUACAAGAGGUGCAGCUGAAACCAGUUGUGGAGGAGCUGCCUGGUAAGUUGGAGGCUAUUCUGGCUGAAUCGGGCUCCAACUUUAGCGCCGGUCAGAGACAGCUGGUGUGUCUGGCCAGGGCGAUCCUGAGGAAGAAUCGGAUCCUCAUCAUUGAUGAGGCUACAGCCAACGUGGACCACAGAACAGAUGACUUGAUCCAGCAAACAAUACGUGAAAAAUUCAGAGAAUGCACUGUGCUCACAAUAGCACAUCGGCUCAAUACUGUUAUAGACAGUGAUCGGAUAUUGGUUUUAGAUGCAGGGAAAAUCCAUGCCUAUGAUGAGCCUUACAGUCUUCUACAAAAUCCAAGUGGCAUCCUUUACAAUAUGGUGCAGCAGACAGGCAAACAAGAGGCAGCCGCUCUCUUAGAGGCAGCCAAACAGGUGCAUGAAAGCAGAAGUCAUCCCACCAUGAUGAAUGGGCAUGUAGAUACAAUAGAAGACAAUUUGAUCAUCUUUGAGACUGCUUUGUAAGUCAAAUGGACAUCUCAGGAGUCCUGUGGACAGGGUCUGUUCCGCCUCCAAAUGUAACCUCCUGUUGUUUUUAAGUUGCAUUACCAAAUUGUCAAUUUGUUAAUAAUAUUGCUUUACCAAAUUCUUUUUUUAAUUGCAUUACCAAAUUGUCUUUUUUAAAUUGCAUUACCAAUUGUGUGAACUUUUUACUCCUACCAUCUGUGUACAGAGCCUGUAGAAUGUUGCACAACCCCUUCCCUUAAGCAUUUUUAAGUCAUCAAAUAAAAGUCUUUUACACAAUAUUUCCAGAGGUAAGAUUCCAAAAUGUUGUCAAUAUUUAAUUUCAGACAAAAUGGUGUAUUGCACAAGUACUGUACUCGUAUUAUUUAAUAUAACCACUAAAUAUUCACUUUUGUAGCCAAAUUGCUUUAAGUGGUUCAAGUGAUGAGCAUUUCCAAGUCAUCAAAUGUCCCUUUGAAUUCAGUGACGUUCUUGAAAUACAAAUGUUGUGGAGGAUUAUCACCUUCAAGACAAAGCUUAAAUGCUAAAAAUUGUUAAAGGAAGCCUGAAGUUUUUUUUAAUUUAAUUUCAUUUUUUUACUUAUUUUAUAAAAUAUAAAUGCUUGAGGUGGUGAAUACUUAAUAGGUGCUUUAUACAGAUUAUUUUGUGCCACACACACUUUAACAGCCUUGCAUUUUUAUUUUAAGCAGUAGUGUACCUUGGAAUUGUGAGGUGAAAACAGUUUCAAGAAUUUUAGCAAACAUAACAUUUUAAAUAAAUCACAUUGACAGAAGUAUUCAGACUUCAGUUAAAGCAGCUCUGGCUUGAUUGUGGGCUACAGUUCAGGGGUAUGCUACAUAAAGCUUUGCACAUCUUUGGCCAUUUUCCAUCAUUCUUAAGCCACAUUGUGCUUUGCUUUAUUGUUGGUGGUGGAAGGCAAAACUUUGGCCAGGUUUGUGGGCUAAACUGUUCUGAAGCAGAGGUUUAUGAGGGAAGUCUCUGCUUCCUCAGAUCACCUUUCCUUCAACUCUGAUUUGUCUUCUGAUCACGGCUCCUGAAAAACCACCUCAUUGGAAUUAUUGGAAUUAUUUCAUGGAUGAUCCUCUGCCUGAUGUCCUUCAUACGUGAUACUUGGAAUUGAAGCCUUACAGUUCUUUGUUUCUUAACAGAAUAUCUGGUUUCUUGGAGUCACACACUCCUUUAGGUGCCUUUUUCCCACCUCCUCAAACACCAGACUUUUUUAUAUAUAGUUGACUGAGGAGAGGUGUCUUUUUGUACACGCUUACUAAAGCCCAUGUUAGUGGAUUUGCCAUGGUUGCCACACAAGGUCUCUGAAGUUCAGCCAGAGGGGACCACUGGGCUUUUGGUCUCCUCUAAAACACAUCAGUAGCCUUUUCCUCCCACUUGCUUAGGUUGAUUGGACUUCUUGUUCAGUGAAGAGUCCUGGUAUUGAUAAUUAUACUUUUGUGACUGCUUCAUGACCUUCUUCACAUUUGUGCCUUGACAUUAACCACUCUUAGAUUUACGGGUAAUCUCUUUUCCCCAUGACCUUGAUUCUUACCUGUGGGACUUUGAGCUAGAUAGACAUGUGCCUCUAAUUAAGUGUCCAAACAGUUUAUCUCCUCUGUAUUACAAGUAACAACAGGGAAUGCAGUGGGACACAUGAUGCCCAAACUUCAAGCUUUGUAGCAAAUGAUCUGAAUACUUGUACGAAGUCCUGUUUGAUUGGCU